AGAGGAAUUCGAGGGUAAAAUAAGAAACUAGUCGGCUUACAAAUGAUCCAUAUCCAGUAGUUAUUGCUAAUAAAGAUUAUAACGACUGUAAGACAUCUUUUUGUUUAGGGGAGUUUCAAACCAUUACAUUAUAGUUUGGCAGUAUAUUUACCCUCCUGGCAGUAGAUUUACCCUCCAACAUACCUUUCUGUUUUCAUUUAUUUUGGGGUUUUUUUCACCUUCUGAAGCUUUGUGUGCUUAUGUCAUCUGCGACAGACAUUAGACUGGGCCAGAGAUCAAGUCUGUGGUGGUAAUUCCUUUGUCUUCUGUUUCUCAUCAUAUGAAUUCUUUCAUUUCUGACAGGGUUCUUGGAGCAUUUCUUGUCCUAUCCUGCAUACCAGCACUAUCAGAAUGCAUCUUGCUUCCUAUGUAAUUGAAUUAACAUAACUAAUUAAAUGAAAUUAUCCCCAGUUAAGAUGAAUUAGUUCAUAUUGCUCACAUUUCAUUGUUUUAAAUGGAGUUGAAUAAGACUUUAGACUGUAAAGACAUUUUCCUUUUAAAGUGUUUCUUUUCUUUUAAAGAUUUGUCUGAUCUCAAUCUUUUUCUGGCACAACCUAAGUGAAAAGUGAGUGCUGUUUGGUUUCUUUCUUACACAUUACUCACGGCUGGCUUAAUAGCUGGGGGAGAGUUAUGAGGAUAGUUAAUAACCUGGCUCCGUGGAAAUUUCUGCUGGCACAAGUAAAGAAGAAACACAGGGCUGGGAACUUAUUCAGUGAUUUCAAGUAAGUCAAAUAACUGUGGGAAUAGGUAAGGAAAUAUUUCAUGUCUGGUUUCUCUCAGGUUUAUGGCUGAUACAAGGAAAACAAGGGGUUGUUUCCUUUUGUCUGCCCCUCACUGAGGUGUGGUUGCUAAUACAAGCACCUGAUUUAAUGACUGGCUACUGAUGAAAGCGUUUUCUGCUCUUCUUCCUCUUAUUUACAGCGGUGCAUUCCUGCUCCUUGCCUUGUCAGCAGAGAUACACAGAGAUACAUAUCAGGCCACACUAACGGAAAUGAGUUCUUAGCCACAUGAUGGUAAUAGUGAUACACAAUGCCUGAUCAGGACAAAAAGUUGAAGAGCACAGAAAAAGCAGCAGACAAAAAACCUCAUGGGAUCUCUAUGAGGGAUUAUUCUGAUCUUAAAAGACUUCAGUCUCUCUUAAAUGUGCAGUUAAGGAACCAACAGCUUCCAGCUAUGCAUUUUGAAAAUGGUCGAACCAGUGUGACAAGAGCUUGGCAAAAUAUCAAAAUCAAUGAACAAAACCCCCAUGGUCAAUGGCAAGAAUCAUCAGAAGCUGUUGAGCUUGAAAACUUUAGCGUGACCUACAAGAAUGAGAGAAAUUUUAGCAAACAUCCCAGUCAUCAGCUGUUUCAAGAGAUCUUUACAUCUUUAGUUAAGAACCGACUUACCUGCAGGGAAUGGGUUAAUCAAGCUUCGUCCAUCCAUUUUCUUAGAGCAUUAAUCUGUCUGAGAUUAUUAAUCAGGGAUCCAUGCUAUCAGGAAACGCUCCACAGCUUGGGUGCGAUUGAAAAUCUAGCUCAGUAUAUGGAUACAGUAGCAAAUGGCUAUCUUGAUUACGGAGAAGAGCAGCAUAAUGUAGACAAGUUGGUCAACAUGACAUACAUUUUCCAAAAGCUUGCUGCUGUUAAUAAUCAGAGAGAAUGGGUUAUAUCAAGCGGAGCACAUAAAACCUUAGUAAAUUUAUUAUCUGCCAGAGACAGCAAUGUGCUUUUGGGUGCCCUCCUUGCUCUGACUAGUCUAGCAGAAAGUCCAGAAUGUAGGGAGAAGAUAAGUGAGCUCAGCAUUGUUGAGAACUUGCUGGUGAUAUUGCGUGAAUACGAUUUGCUUUCUAAAAGGCUCGCAGCAGAGUUGUUACGUCUCCUCUGUGCAGAGUCACAGGUCAAAGAGCAAAUAAGAAUGUAUGAAGGAGUUCCAGUCUUGCUCAGUUUACUCCAUUCUGAUCAUAUCAAACUUCUAUGGAGUAUAGUUUGGAUUCUGGUACAGGUUUGUGAGGAUCCUGAGACUAGUGUGGAAAUCCGGAUUUGGGGUGGAAUCAAACAGCUCCUUCAUAUUUUACAGGGGGAAAGGAGUCUUGUUUCUGAUCGCUCUUCAGUUGGAAGUUUAUCUAGUGCGAAUGCAGCAGGGAGAAUCCAGUAUUUUCAUUUGUCAAAUGAUUUGAGUCCUGAUGAGAUGCAAGAAAAUACUUUCUCACUUCAAGCAGCCUGUUGUGCAGCAAUUACUGAACUGGUGCUCAAUGAGACUAACUCUUACCAGGUUGUACAGGCAAAUGGAAUAUAUACAAUAGCAAAGCUGAUUUUACCAAAGAAAGAAAGAAAUGCUGAAAAUGCUAAUUUAUUACAGUGUUAUGCUUUUAGAGCCCUGAGAUUUCUCUUCAGUAUGGAAAGAAAUCGACAUAUCUUUAAAAGACUUUUCCCUACUGACUUGUUUGAAAUCUUCAUUGAUAUUGGACAUUACGUGCGUGAUAUCAGUGCUUAUGAAGAGUUGGUAUCAAAGCUAAAUUUAUUAAAGGAAGAUGAAUUGAAGCAAAUUGCUGAAAGUGUUGAGAGCAUGAAUCAGAAUAAGGCACCUACAAAACAUAUAGGCAAUUAUGCAAUUUUAGAGCACCUUGGCCGUGGAGCUUUUGGAAGCGUAUAUAAGGUUAGAAAACAUAAUGGACAAAAUCUCCUGGCAAUGAAAGAAGUCAAUUUACACAAUCCAGCAUUUGGAAAGGACAAAAAAACCAGAGACAGCAGUGUAAAGAACAUUGUCUCUGAAUUAACCAUCGUCAAAGAGCAGCUUUAUCAUCCAAAUGUUGUACGGUAUUAUAGAACCUUCUUGGAAAAUGACAGGUUGUACAUAGUCAUGGAGCUCAUAGAGGGAGUGCCAUUGGGAGAGUACUUUCACUCUUUGAAGGAAAAGCAACAACACUUUACAGAAGAAAGAAUAUGGCAUAUAUUUAUCCAACUUUGUCUAGCUCUUCGUUACUUGCAUAAAGAGAAAAGGAUUGUUCAUCGAGAUCUCACUCCAAACAAUGUCAUGCUGGGGGAUAAAGACAAAGUUACAAUUACUGACUUUGGGCUUGCAAAGCAAAAGCAAGAAAAUGGCAAACUUGCAUCAGUAGUGGGAACCAUUCUGUACUCGUGCCCUGAAGUUGUAAAGAGUGAGCUGUAUGGAGAGAAGGCUGAUGUCUGGGCUGCAGGAUGCAUCCUUUAUCAGAUGGCAACUCUGAACCCCCCAUUUUACAGCACCAAUAUGCUCUCCUUGGCAACGAAGAUAGUAGGGGCUGUGUAUGAACCUGUGCCAGAAGGACUGUACUCUGAAAAAGUGUCAUUUACCAUUAAGAGGUGUUUGACUCCUGACGCAGAGGCACGUCCAGACAUAGUGGAAGUUAGCUCACUGCUGUCUGAUGUGAUGAUGAAAUACCUGGAUGUUUUAUCCACCUCUCAUGUCAUGUUGGAGAAAAAACUGGAUCGGGAGAGGAGACGAACCCAGAGGUACUUCAUGGAGGCUAAUCGAAAUGCAGUAACCUAUCACCAUCAGCUUUCCAUUUUAGCACAAAAAAAUUGCAAGAAGUUGAAUCUUCAUAGCAGCAGCAGUGGACCAGCCUGUUGCAAAAGUGAGUUUUCAGAAAACACUGAUCUCCCAGGUGAAAGUUGUCAGUCUGCACAUGGAAAAGAUGAGGAAAGAACAUAUGAAGAAAUCCUGGUAGAAGAUCACAGCACUUCAGAGAACUCUGAGAAAGAUAUGUUCGCUAAAUUAGUUGAUGAGCUGGACAUACUGGACAACUCAAGCAGCUCCAGUUCAAACUAUUUGCAAGAGUCUGCUAUUGGUAUAAUUAAACGAAGUUUUAGUGCUUCUGAAAGACAACCUCAGAUUAGAGAUGAUACUGACGGUCUGGGAUCAAGACUACGACCAGCAUCAGCAAGAAUUGCUGUAUCACAAAGGAAGGUGCGUCAGAUCAGUGACCCUGUUCAGCAGAUUCUUAUCCAGCUGCACAAAAUCAUCUUCAUCACUCAACUUCCUCCAGCUUUGCAGUACAACUUGAAAAGGAGAAUCAUUGAAAGAUUCAAGAAGUGCCUCUUCAGUCAGCAGAGCAAUCCUUGUAAUCUGAAAUCAGAAAUGAGAAAGCUGCUACAAGGUUCUCCUGAACUGAUUGAGCCCAGCGUCUUCACAGCAGAUUGGCAUGUGGUACUUCUCUCUUUAGGUGGAAAUACGUUGCUUCCAGAUGAUAGAAAAGGUAUUGGCAUUUCUGACGUAGCAGAAGGGAUGACAUACGAACAGUUGCAGACUCUAAUUGAAGAGGUUCUAGAGGAAAGUGGUUAUUACAAUUCCUCUAACAGGUAUCUCUACUAUUCAAGGGGAACAAAGAACUAUCCAGCAAAAGAAGAAAACUGUUCCUAAUGAAGUCAACCUGCCUGUACUUCACCUGGGGCUACCUGAUUACCAAAGGGACAAGCUUGGCGCAUUAAAUAACAUCCAGAUGGAAUACCAAUGUGAGACAGCUUCAAGAGACCUUGAGUGAUAUUUCAGGAUAGUACUCUUUUGCUUUGUUUACAAUAUAAGCACUUUACAGGGAACAUUGGGAAAGUUUAUACUUUAGGAGAAAAACUCAGUUCCCAACAGUACAUAUCUUCUAUUUUUAUAAAUAAUUUAAAGGAAUCGUUUCAUAGUCAGGUUUUCUGGAACGAUAGUUGAAUGCCUGUAACCUUAUUUAUAUCCAUGUAUGUCUUCUGUGGGAAGAGAAAGAGCUUUGUAAUAUGGCCAGACAGAAAAUAUACGUAGAUUCACUGUACCAGAAUUAGAAACAGAUUAAAAAAACAUCAGUAUGAUUUUAAUAUUUAGAAGGAGUUUCCUCUCCUUCCAUUUGGAUAGUAGUAAGUUCUAAUGCUGGUGUGCCAUGUUAAUAGUCAUUAUUUGCAUCCGGCAUAGCUUCUAAAAUUUUUGUUAUUUUAAAAUCAGCUGGUUUUACUGCUAUUACGAAAUGUCUGUAUUAUAGGUCUAUCUUUAGGCACAGAUUGUGUAGAUCUGUGUAUAUAAAAUGUGUCCUGUACAUUUGUAUACGUUUUAUAUACACAUUCAUUUACUAUUUAACAGACAAAGUAAAUAAAAUACAUGCUUUCCUGCUAGUCAAAGCUGUAGUACUUAAAAACACUUCCAGAAUUUCAUAAUUUAUUCACUCUGUAUUAAAUGUUGAUAAAGAUGUCUUACUGCAGUAGCAGAGAAGCUAUUUUCUUUGCCUAUGAUUUAAUAAGGAAUACUUAUAAAGUAGAAAGGCUUUUCUCUACAAUUGAUACUUUGGCAGUCAUAACUGUUGAAAAUAACCAGAAUGCAGUUGGUGAUACAGCUUUCCUAUGUCGAAAAUUACAAACAUUAUGUUCAUCACAUGAUUACUCAUAAGUAAUUUGAUACAGAUGUAUGUUGUGUACUUUGGCACACCUCUGGCAAAGGUUUGUUUUGUUUUAUUUUGGUUUUCCAGUGUUUUGUUUGUAACUAUAAGUAGCUAUAAGUAACUGCAUUCAUUUCCUAACAAUUCAAGUGUAUUAUUUCAAGUGUGACUUCAACAUCCUGAAUUGUGAAGCAGUGAAAAAGUGCCCAGUGGGUAGUGUAUAAAAAUAAAAAUCAAAAAUCUAUCCUCCUUUCACAUAUGCGUAAUUUAGAAAGUCAUCAGGUGCUAUCUCUGUGUCUAUACAAUGGUACAGUACUGACAGCAAAGGUCUGUUAAGGGUCAAGACGUAUGAUUUUUAAGGUACCGUCUGCAGGUAGCUACAGUUUCCACCAUGAAUCGCCACAGAUAAUGCAUUUCCUGUAAUGUUACCACUAAAAAUCAAUUCCUAUUAUAGUUCAGAGAGUUUUGCUUUUUUAGAAUGGAGAAAGGGAAUGCAGUAUGUUUAGAUCUGUUGGAUUAUAAGGUAAUUCCAUGCUGUGUAUGGCUGCCAAUGGAACUGAUUACACUGAUAUUUUAUUCAAGAAGACUAUUUAAAUUCAACCUUGACAUGUUUGUUCUACUCAAAUUGCAUAUGAAUUCUCAUAAUCAUUUUCCAUUAAAGUAGUGAAAAACCAACCUACACAUAAAGUAACCUAUUUUAAUAUCUUUUUGCAGAAAUGUCUUAUAAUUCUAAAUAGUCAGAGUGUAUUGAAUGCCUUAGAAAUAAUUUGGACCUUAUUUCAAGUGUAUUUUGAAGUAUCAUUGUUUAUAUUUUGUCUGUAUUUGUUUGAUAUUCAUUCAUACUUGAUAGCAUUAUUUUUGUUGAGAAAUAGAGUAUAAUUAAUUAAUCCUAUUGUGUUUCUCUUAAUGUAUUUUUAUUGCUGUUAACUUUGAAGCAAAUUUUGUGCUUGUUUUUUACUGUGAAAAGUGGAAUACUAGCUAGUGACUGGCAGAGGAGGGCAUACUUUUCUCCAGUAACUACAAGCAGAGGGGUGGGUGGGUGGCAUGUACAGCUUUAACCACCAAGGCAAAUCAAAGCAGAAAAUCAGAGACUUUUCUGUUUCUUUCCUAGUGUUCACUAGGAUGUUUGUAGGUUUUUUUCCUCUCCCUGGUUGCAACUGAACUGACAUGCUGACUGUUGUAGGAAAGAGAUGGUGUAUUUUUGAUGUAGGGCAAGUAACUACCUCAGAAAAUUCAUUAUCUAAGCUGUUAAGUGAUUUAUAGCAUUAGUGCAUAGAUGUUCUCCACUGAGAUCUGCAUCCAUAGUGUUUCCCAUAGUAUGAAAAGUAACAAGAGCCAGUUCUGCCACGUAUAAUUUCUGUAUGGCUAAAUUCUGUACAGACAAUAUAGAAAAACAAUAUUUAGGGAGACACAGAAACAAAAAAUAAGUUGCCCAAUAUCAUUCAGCGAAUCAUCAGCAAACUGGAGAAUGAGACCUACAUCUCCUGAAUUCCAGUCCAGUGCAUAAAUGGUAUCUUUUAAGGUGUGUAUCUUUUUUCUUGUAUGCUUGUAUUCUUUAGUGUAACCUGUGCAAAAACCAGAGAAACGAUAGCUGUACUUAUCAUAUAGCUAAUUAAAAAAGACUCUGCAAAGUGUGGUCCUAACAAUGUUGAAACACCAUACCGAACUACGGCUAACUUUUGAUUAUUUGCAAUUACAAGUACUUUCUCAGGAGAACGCACCAUGUGUGUGUUCUGUUGCCUGAUUUACAUGUGUUUUGCUCGAUCUACCAUCUGAAUAAUUUCCCAGUCUCCUGUCUUAUUCCUGAAUAAUUAAAUGUUGACAUUGGAUCAAAUUAUUAGUUUUAUUCCAUAAGGGAAUUCCUGUUUACAGCCACAGAAUAACAUAUUUAAAGAAUAUUUCUUUCAGUCAUUAUAGCUAUAGUAGGCUUAUUGGCUGAUUAUUGAUAUUUCAUAUCAAGAAAUUUGACAAUUAGUUCAUGAACUUAUAUAAUUACAUUAAUUAAAGAAGAAAGGCCAACAACAUUCGUCGCUAAAAACAAAAAAAGCGUCAAGCAUUGACUUCCCAAACUGAAUAAUGUACACAAUUUUAGCAUGUAUGAAUUGUGCUUUUAGGGAGAACUGGAAAUUCUGAUUGACCGCAUUUCAGAUGCAAAAAGAGGAAACCACUUGAGAAUGUUUGGUUUUGGCUGUAUGAAUUCACUGUGCGUUUGAAUUAAAAAACUUCUCAACUGAAA